AUGUCAUCGAGUUACCCGCCCCAACUUCACCUUACAUUACCAUCGAAUACGACGUCAUUCAAAAGAUCCUUUGACCAGUUUGGAUUCGACUUGGAAAGCCCUGUGGGCAAUGCUGAGGCAAGCAGCAGUAGCGGAAGUCCUGGUAGCGGAGCUGGCAGUAGCGGGAAUGGGCGAAGCAAACGACCGAGAAGUGCAAGCAGCCUUUCGGAUGGGAGCGAUUCGUUGAGCAGUAGUUUGACUUUUGCGUCAGGUUCUAGCGAAACGAGGUCAUCUGAAGGAAGCGAGCCGGUUGUUGGACCACCUGCGACGUCCCCCAAUCGGUCUAUCUCCUCUCACAUACUCGGUGCAAUGCCUUUUGAGGCUCCCAGAUUACCGACGCCCGAUAUACAGGACAUUGAGAUGCCAGACUAUCCUCUCAACGAGGUUCAGGACGAGACAGAAGAAUUGGAUGAGCAUUCUGAGUCAUUCGUUGGGGGAUCAGUACUUCCAACUGUUGAAAGCUAUAGGUCAUCCGUCGAGCGCAUGAACGAGAUCGACUCGCAGGCGUACAGGCUAGUAAACCCAAGGUCACCCAUCACCGUCCCAAGGCCGACGACUCCACCGCCAAUACUACCCCCUCUAUCAUUGGAGGAGGAUCAAACACCGUUGCAUCAAACUUUUCUUGACAGUCACAUAAGAUCCCAUCUCUCUCUCUCAAAUUCCACCUCUGACCGACCCUUGUCGGCUACAUCGUUGCGUGGCCCACAAGCCUCGACUCCCGCCAUGUCAUCUCAUACAAUUCCCCUCACUCAAGGUGCCGUGCCAUCUGAAGCAAGUUCUGCCGCCCAUACUUCGAUUCUUGGCUCUCAUUCGGAACCCGAUUUAGUCCUUGAGAGCAGUCCUACCACCGAGCGGGAUAACUCUUCAUUCAGCGACACUUUGGACCAAUUACUCAAUCACGGCCAAUUGAGCUCGUUUAGUCUGGAGUUCCGACGACCGGAGAGAAUCAGCUCAAGGACCAGCUCAAGUGUAGCGCCCUCUGGAGAUAGGUCCACUUUUCCCGACCAUUCUGUUCCGUCAUCCGCGUCAUCAUUGCCUUCUGCCACAUCCCUCCUGAGGCGGCACGGAUCGCCGAAUGUCAGAGUCACGAACAGAUCAGAAUCACCCAGGAGGCAUCACCUAUCGAGCCGUGAACAAGACAGGGAUCAAUUCCCUUUCAGCUCACACUUCACGUCCAAUAGAGAACAGAGUUCCGCAAGAGACGACUCGCACAUAGAUCGUACCAUAUCACCUCUUUCUUUCUCGUAUCGUUUCCCCGGUUCUGUCUCUCUUCGUGAGCCAUUGUCAUUGUCGAACAUGAGGCGUCAACCAUCAUCAGCGUCGUUCCGUAGCGAUCUUGACAGGUGGUUCGAAACCCCUAGUUCUGAUACAGUCGAUCGAGACCGGUUCCCACUUGAUACGCUCAGACUCUCGUCUCGUCUGACACGAAACCCAGGCAUUCGCAUUGCGGCCGACGAAGACCAUGCAUCCAGAGCGUACUCGAGUGCACUCGAAUCAGAUCGAGCCAGACGUCCAGAUGAUGACGACGACGAUCUUGAUUUUGAAAGUACCAUAUCUGGACUCCGUGCCCGUCUUCUGGAGAACCGACGAUCAGUUAUCGGAAUCGAGUCGCGAUUAUCGGAUUCAAGGUCGCAGAGGACGCCGUUCCCCAGUGUGGAUUCAGAAUCACACAACUUACCGGGCACAUUCAGAAGGAGCAGGUAUAUUGAGCAGGGCUUGGUUGAUCCAAGAGAAGCAGCUGGACGGUAUGAAACUGAGGAUGUACGGCCUCCUGCCCGAUGGCGAUUCUCUUGGAAUGAUGCUUUCGACCUCGAGGAAGAGGACAAUCCGAGGACCUUGUCAGAGUCCGAGAGAAUAUAUCGUAUCUCCAGAGGAAUGGGUAGGUCAUCUACACGGUCCCUUGGUAAUAGCGAUCGUCACAUCAAUAGCAGUUCCAUUCCCACGAGAAACCUUCCAGGGCGACGGACCCGACCUCGCCACUCAGGCGCUUUGUCUGGGUCCACCUCCUUAUUCUCAGAAAACGCGGCGGAAAUGAGGCGACGUGAUGAUCGUGACGUGGUUGACCGUCUCCGCCGCGCUUCGAGCGGCGGCGAUUUCAAUAGCUGGGAACUCCCCUCUGACGACGAACUGGACGGUGAUAGUCUUAGGUCAACUUUCGGUCGGGAAAGGCCAUUCUUACGAGGAGACUCUUCACGCCCAGAAGAGUCUUCGAGGUCACCCGUCCUUCCUCCUUUGUCAUAUCAUAAUCGAAGUCUCAGCCCUCCCUCCAUGCCUCGUGCGAUGACAGAGCUCCUUUCUCAAUCCGAGCAUUCUAGCCACAGUUCUUCGCGACCCCCCAUAAACUCAUUCAGCUCACGGAGAGAUUUACCCAGCUGGUAUCUGUACCCAGAGUCCUCUUCAUUUGAUCUCUACGCUAGUUCACUCCAUACUCGUAGUGAUACCCCAUAUGAUAUCCGCUCGAGAGAAACCGGACGAAACCGCAAUUCUUAUAUUCCAUACCUGCAUCGAGCAUCGGACCAGCACGCGAUGGAUUCUGAUACAAAUUUAUCUCGCCCUCGCGAUGAACGGUACAUGCCUUCAAAUCGCAACCCUCGUUGGUCAUCAUUUGACGAGCCUAGACGGCAUUCACCAGCAUUAUUUGACUCCCAGUCGUCUACAAUAUCUGAUAUCGCAAGAACCAUCACUAACAACGAGUAUGACCUCGCAUCUUCAUUGUAUUGCCCUUCUCCCUCGGCAAUCUCAAAUAACACAGUUGAUGCAGAUAUGCGGGUUAUUUCGCCAGAAGAGACAUUUGCCCCUCCCGCUAUGCCGCCCUCAAUACCGCCUCCUGAUCUCGGCAAUAACCUGUUUGACUCUAGUGAUCCUUCAGACAUCUCUCCUCCCCAGAGAUUCCCAGAAUUAUCUAUUUUUCAACGUUAUCCCAUUCCUCUCGAUCGCACGGCUUCCGAGACAGAUGAGCCGUCUCGAUCUCUUCGUUCACCAUCCCCGAUAUCUCCGAUCGAGUUUGCUUAUCACUCCCCUCCUCCAACAUCUUCCAUUCCUAGAAAUCAGCCUGAACCCCCUGGCUUUGGACGAGGCCGGAUUGGAGGCAUAGACCUACAAGGUUUUGCACCUGGACCUUAUAGGAACACGUUGCAAAGACUUGUUGAGCGCGGUCGAUUGAGUGACAGCUCGAAUCCGCCCUCCAUUCCACCGCUUCCAUUUGAAAGUCCGGCUUCUCCUUUGCGUGCUGUUUCUUCAACUGCGGUUAACUACCCGAGGGAACGUUCAGUUCAAGGUCAAACACAGGUUCCAAGCCUUCGACAGCCUACGGACCGAAGAAUUUCCAUGCCUUUGCCUUCAGCUCGUUCAUCUCUCUCCGCUCGGCACCCACUAGCAGAAACGACCUCGCAGCGCCGGACUUCGGAUGAUUUGCAUCGACACAUCAUGAACCGUGCAACUUUCGAAGCCUCCCUGCUAGAGGGACCAGAAAUGCCCGAAUCUGGUAAUAUGAGCAGUGAGCUACGAGGUCUUGACCAUGCGUUGCACGUCUUGCGGCAAGAUGGACUUUCUGAGCAUCGCUCACAACAGUUAAUCGAGCGGUAUCGAAGACAAAGGCAAAGACAAGAGUCGUUCGAAGGCAAUUUGAAUGCUGGAGCCACCUCUCACUCACCGUACAAUGGUCACAGUCUGUGGGGUUUUUUGGAAGAUAGCAGGGCUACAAGAAGAGAUGGUGAUCGCAAUGGCCCUGGACACAGACCUUCUCCUCGUGCUUACCGCGGGAUCAACACGAACACGAAUACCACCUCGAACAACUCUCUUACAACACCGGACGAUGACAUGGGUGGAUUCGUUUCAUUGUCAGGCUUUCCUCAUAGACGACGACCUGCAAGUAAUUCCCCUACACGCCACGAACGUACAGCAAUGCAGGAUACACGUCCAGCGCCAUUCGGAAGAGGUCGAGCAUUCGGUUCUAGGUUUAGUCGACAUCGACAUCAUGUAGAUUACGAACCCGAAUUCGUUGCAUUCACGGACCUCAUUAGAAGGAGAGGUUCUCGCGGAAAUUUUAAUUUUGGCGACUUCAUGCGAGACGAAGACUUUGAUAGUUCAUACGAAACCCUCAUAUCACUCGAAACUGCUCUAGGUGAAGUGAAGCCACGGGCUACACCUGAUCAUGUCAUAGCCGGUUUGGAGACGGCGUUCUACAAAGAUUGGGCGACAAUCGAUUCCGAUAAACGAUGCCCCAUCUGCUUGGAUGAUUACAAACUAUUAGACCAAGUUUCGAAACUCCCUGAGUGUACCCAUUGGCUCCAUAAACCGUGUCUUGAGCAAUGGCUAAAGGGAGCUAGCACCUGUCCCGUUUGCAGAGAAAACGUCAAAGUUCAGUCGCCGCCAUCUCGUAGUUCAACGCGCCCAACCCGUCUUUUGAACACCGUAUUUCGGAACCCAAUACCAGGGCGUUACCCCAAUGACCCUCCACCGGAUAACAACGUGCGGACUGGUUCGAGUAACGAGACGAGUACCGGUGACAGAGGAAACGAGAACCCUUCGAUUUCAACCUCCAAUGACCCGGCUUUGAGAGGUCGAGAUAGGUUUAACCGUUCAAGCAGCAAUUGGCGUAGCGUUUUCCGACCGCCCCCAGAUUCUGGCGUUUGA